GGUACGUAUAGUUUGAUGAUUUUAUUGAUUUCAAGUAGGAAUACUUUAUAGUGGUCUUCUGCAGUGGUACAGGUUGAGAAUAGAUUUUGCCAGUCAAGAAAUGAAAGAUCAUUGUUUAUGAGAUCAUAGUUGGCUUUUUUAAAAUUGUAGUUUGGAGUACUAUUGUGACGAUUUAUGUGAGGGCGUAUAUUUAGACAAAAAUCUAUCAUGCAGUGGUCACUGUUGGAAAAGGGUUCUUUUACUUGUAGUCCAUAAAUUGAGUUCGUGUUAUUACAAAAGAUGAGGUCAAGGCAGUUCAUGAGUCUAGUAUUGUUAGUUACUAGUUGUUCAAGACCUAGGUUUGUAAUGCGUUGUAUAGUAUAGUAUGGAUUGGUUCAUUUUUACAAUUAUUUGUAAUCCAGUUAAUAGAAGGUAGGUUUAGGUCACCUAGGAAGAUGAGAGGAUAUGGGCAAGAGGUAGCCCAUGUUAGUAGUGAGGUUAACAUAUUUACAUGAGCGAUGUCAUAGUCAGGGGCUCUAGCAUAGUAUGAAUCUAAGUGUGGUGUUGGUGGUUAGGUCACAUAAAAUAGUUUCAGGAAGAGAGAGUUUAUGUGCAACUUGAAUAUUUUUUAAGUUCAGUGAUUUUUUGUAAAAGAUAGCUACUCCACCACCUCGAUGGUCCAUCACGAUCUGAUCGAAGGACUUGGUAUUCUUUGUUUGAAAUAAUGGAGUCAGUGAGGGAUGAGUUUAGCCAUGUUUCACAAACAAAUAUGAUAUGAAAUGUACCAUUGUUUAAUAAGAGGAUAAAUUCAGGUAAUUUGUUUACAAUACUUAUUGCAUUUAUUAAUUUAUAUUUGAGACCUGUAGCAUUUGGUGUAGGAGAGGUAAGGGGUGUGCAUACCUAGUUUUGAUAAGUAGUUGAUUGAGAGUUAUUUGUAACAGUUGGUAAAAGGAAGGUUGGUUUAGCAAUGGGUGGUUGAUAGUUGGAUGAUUGGAGAUUUUGAAUGGGUGAUUGAAGAUUAGUAGGUUGAUCGAUGGGUGAAGGGAUGUUUUGAUUUAUAGAUGGAUGGAUGCCUUGUUUGAUGGAUGGUUGAAUGUUUUGAUUGAAGUGUGGUUGAGUGAUGGGGGUUUGAUUGAAGGAUUUUCUUUUUAUGCAGUCAGCACGGUAGUCAAUGUAAAUGUUAUUUUCAUGUUUUGAAACCCACCCGUGAUUUGGACACUUCUGAGGCGUUCUCCAAUCUCUGCUCACCCUUCAGGACAGCUGAUCUUGAGAGAGUUGAGUUCAAACCCUCCAGGGAGAUUUUUCUCCAUCACCACAAACAGUUCCCUUCCCUCAGAGACGCUCCUCUUUCCCGCGCUUUGCAGGGAACCCUGUAGAUUUACGCAGAAUCCACGAGGGGGCGCCUUCUGCCAAGAGAAGGGAAAAUCAGGGACUUCCCCAUUGGCCCACCGGAGGAUGAAAGACACGCCUACUUUUGUAAAGGAGGCUGGGAAGGAAAUGACAUCAUAGAGCCUUGCCCCUCUAGGACCACGCACUCGCUCUCCUUAACCCCUGGGGCUCCGCGGAGGCGGAGAGGCUGCGGGAGAGUCUGGCGGGGAAGAUCCUGAUGUGUCCCGGAUACAGAAACUUGAAGCCAUUUGAAAUCUUUGCAAGGCAAAAUCUCUUGGAGAAAAAAAAAAGAGCGGAAUCACUUGGAGGGAUCAGAGUCCUGAGGCACCAGAAAUGGUCCUGUGAAGGAAAAGGCAUCUGGAGACCCAGAAGAGUCCUUGGAGCCAUUUGGAGUUGCUCUGCAGGAGAGAGAAAGGAUGGAGACACAACCUUUGGGAAAGGAGGGAGCCGGGAAAGGCCCUUCAACUGCUCAGCCUGGGAAGCUCUGGACAAGGACUGGGCAGAAGAUCCUGGAGAAGGAAACCAUCCUCCCUUCGGAAGUUCAGCCCUGGAAUUUCAUUCAAUACUGGGAGGCUGAGGGUCCCCGAGGACUUUGCAGCCGACUCCACGACAUUUGUAGGCGAUGGCUGAGAACAGAAAAACACAGCAAAGCCCAGAUGCUGGACCUGGUGGUUCUGGAGCAGCUCCUGGCUCUUCUGCCCCCAGAGAUGGAGGGCUGGGUGAGGGAAUGUGGAGCAGAGACCAGCUCCCAGGCGGUGGCCCUGGCUGAAGGCUUCCUCCUGAGCCAGGUAGAGGAGCAGGAGAAGCAGGUUGACUUGCAGGGCUGCACUGUGGAAAUAAGAGAUCCUGUGGGAAAGAAGAAUCCAUCAAAUCCCCCUCAGGAGCCAUUUUUCAGGAGGAUCCCUUGGGUAGAUCAAAGUCAGGACACCUCAGGAGAGAAACAAAGCAUGAAGUUUUCUGGUUUUUACGAUGGAGCUCAAGCAGUGGUUGAACCUCCAAAUCAAGAGAGUCUUGUGUCCUUCGAGGAGGUGGCUGUGUAUUUCUCUGAGGAGGAAUGGUCUCAGCUGGAUCCUGACCAAAAAGCGCUGCAUUCGGAAGUCAUGCUGGAAAACCAUAGGAACGUGGUCUCUCUGGGUACUAAUGAGCAGAAGAAUCAAGAUUCCUGUGAAUUGCUCCAAGUGAUCAAUGCUAAAGAUGAAAUGGAGAACUUUGGAAUUCAAAUGGAAUUAGAAAGUCAUGAGAGAAACCAGUCAAAUAAUUGGAAUCAGGAUAGCUCAUCUUCCACUGAUGCUCCGAUGCAAGAUUUUCAUGCCCAACAAGAGAAAAUUAGGAAAGAAUAUAUUGGGAAAAGUAUGAAACAAAAAGGAUUAACCCAAAACAAAGGAGAAGAUGCUAUAAGCCAGAAUGGAAAGAAUUACAAUGGGACAUUGAUUCUUUCUCUUCGAAAUAACUUCCUUACAUCACAAAAAACGAUUAACACAAAAAAGGAGCCUUAUAAAUGUUUGGAAUCUGGAAAACAUUUCAGAUCAAGCAGGCAACUUACUUCCCAUGAAAGGAUUCACACUGCAAAGAAACAGUGUUCAGAAUCACCUGUAGCCCAUGCAGCCCAGUCCCUCCAAGCAGCAGGAGAGAAACCCUAUAAAUGCAUGGAGUGUGGGAAAGCCUUUACUCAUAGCAGGGAACUUACUAUCCACAAAAAGCUCCACACAGGAGAAAAACCAUAUAAAUAUGUGACAUGUGGAAAGACCUUUGCUCAGAGCAGUGGACUUACUAUCCACACAAAUCUCCACACAGGAGAGAAGUCAUAUAAAUGCAUGGAGUGUGGAAAGACCUUUGCUCAGAGCAGGAAACUUACUAUCCAUAAAAAGAUCCACACAGGGGAAAAGCCAUUUAAAUGCAUGGAGUGUGGAAAGACCUUUGCUCGAAGAGGUAAUCUUAUUUCCCAUAAGAUGAUCCACACAGGGGAAAAGCCAUAUAAAUGCAUGGAGUGUGGAAAGACCUUUGCUCGAAAAGAUACUCUUAUUUCCCAUAAGGUCAUCCACACAGGGGAGAAGCCAUAUAAAUGCAUGGAGUGUGGAAAGACCUUUGCUCGAAGAAGUCAUCUUAUUUCCCAUAAGAUGAUCCACACAGGGGAAGAGCCAAUUAAAUGCAUGGAGUGUGGAAAAACCUUUGCUCAAAGAGGUAAUCUUAUUUCCCAUAAGAUGAUCCACACAGGGGAAAAGCCAUUUAAAUGCAUGGAGUGUGGAAAGACCUUUGCCCAAAGAGGUAAUCUUAUUUCCCAUAAGAUGAUCCACACAGGGGAAAAGCCAUUUAAAUGCAUGGAGUGUGGAAAGACGUUUGCUCGAAGAGGUCAUCUUAUUUCCCAUAAGAUGAUCCAUACAGGGGAGAAGCCGUUUAAAUGCAUGGAGUGUGGACAAACCUUUACUCAUAAAAAUAGUCUUAUUUCCCAUCAGGUGAUCCACACAGGGGAGAAGCCAUUUAAAUGCAUGGAGUGUGGAAAAACCUUUACUCAUAAAAGUAGUCUUAUUUCCCAUCAGGUGAUCCACACAGGGGAGAAGCCGUUUAAAUGCAUGGAGUGUGGAAAGACCUUUGCUCUGAGCAGGAAACUUACUAUCCAUAAAAUGAUCCACACAGGGAAAAAACCGUAUAAAUGCAUGGAGUGCGGAGAGACCUUUACUCAUAAAAGUAGUCUUAUUUCCCAUCAGGUGAUCCACACGGGGGAGAAACCGUUUAAAUGUAUGGAGUGCGGAAAGAGCUUUGCUCUCAGCGGUAGACUUACUAUCCAUAAAAAGAUCCACACAGGGGAAAAGCCAUUUAAAUGCAUGGAGUGUGGAAAGACCUUUGCUCGAAGAGAUCAUCUUAUUUCCCAUAAGAUCAUCCACACAGGGGAGAAGCCAUUUAAAUGCAUGGAGUGUGGAAAGACCUUUGCUCGGAGAGAUAAACUUAUUUCCCAUCAGAUUAUCCACACAGGGGAAAAGCCAUUUAAAUGCAUGGAGUGUGGAAAGACCUUUGCUCGAAGAGAUAGUCUUAUUUUCCAUAAGAUGAUCCACACAGGGGAAAAGCCAUUUAAAUGCAUGGAGUGUGGAAAGAUCUUUGCUCGAAGAGGUCGUCUUAUUUACCAUCAGGUGAUCCACACAGGGGAGAAGCCGUUUAAAUGCAUGGAGUGCGGAGAAACCUUUUCUCAUAAAAGUAGUCUUAUUUCCCAUCAGGUGAUCCACACAGGGGAGAAGCCGUUUAAAUGCAUGGAGUGUGGAAAGACCUUUGCUCAGAGCAGGAAACUUACUAUCCAUAAAAAGAUCCACACAGGGGAAAAGCCAUUUAAAUGCAUGGAGUGUGGAAAGACCUUUGCUCGAAGAGGUAAUCUUAUUUCCCAUAAGAUGAUCCACACAGGGGAGAAGCCAUUUAAAUGCAUGGAGUGUGGAAAGAGUUAUAUCCACACAGGGAAAAGCCAUAAAUGCAUGGUGUGGAAAGACCUUUACUCAUAA